CAAAGAAAAAAAAAAAUAUUAAUUAAGAGAUUCUUGACAUUGGGAAUAGGAACUCAUCAAGAGGAAGUUGUUUCUUCGUGGAAUGGAGUCGAUAGUGACACACCAGAGGAUCAGGUCUUCUUCGUUUGAGAAACUGGUGGCCAUAGGCUUGACCAUACUCGCUGUGGUUUCACCUCUCUAUGUUAACCGCCAAGCACCAGCAGUUGAACCUGAGGAGGAUGAGCAACCCUUCAACUUGUCUUCUUGGUUGCCUCUGCUGCUUCUGGUAUUGAUCUUGGCUAUCAUUCUGUCACAUUAUCUGGACCAGAGCUUUGACAGGUUCGAUCCCUACUCAAUUCACAGAGUUGGAGGUUCUUCUUGUGGAAUCAUCCUCAUUCUUCUGGUUCUUGCAUUUGUUUUGAAGUUUAGAGCUGUGCUUCUUCUGCAGGAAUCAUUCUGAUUCUUCUGGGUCUUGCCCUUGUUUUGAAGCAUAAAACUUCGAUGGGGAGAACCAAAGAAGCUUGAAUGAAAUUUAAAAGGAGAA